GGCGCCAGCUCAGAGCGAGCUGACUGCGGAACACAACACAACACAGCCAUAUGCCGCCUACAUACACACAAUUAGAUCAGUUUUACUUAAUAAUGCCUGUGUAACACCAUCCUAUCUCUUGCAUCCGAGGAGAAGUAAUUUUCAGAGAGCAUCAUAUUAAGCUCUCUACACUCAAGAGGGACACACGUGUGGAUAUCAUGCCAAGCAAGAACGCGCUACAAACAGAACAGAUUAGCAAUAAAGAUGAAGCUUCUAAAGUCGUUUCAGUGCGCCCCAGGAAGAGGAAAGCAGACGUGGCUAUUCACUUGCAAGAUCCAGAUGAGGAGGUCAUCGAGAUGACUAGAAAGAAACCUUGUGCAUCUCAGGCCUGCUGGAAUCCUGACACAGGUUACACAAGCCCAUGCAGGCGGAUCCCCACACCUGAUGAAGUUGAGGAACCGGCUGCUGCUGGCAGCGUGGGAUUCACACAGUAUUCCUCAGAAGACUUUUUCAUAACCCCCACACGCUCCACCCCUCUGCCUGCCCUCUGCUGGGCAAGCAAAGAUGACGUGUGGAACAACCUGCUUAGAAAGGACAAGAUUUACCUGCGAGAUACACAAGUUAUGAAGAGACAUCCAAAUCUUCAACCCAAAAUGAGAGAAAUUCUACUGGAUUGGCUAAUGGAGGUUUGUGAGGUGAAUAAGUUACACAGAGAAACAUUUUACUUGGGUCAGGAUUACUUUGAUCGUUUCAUGGCCACACAAGAGAAUGUUCUUAAAAUGACACUACAGCUUAUUGGCAUCUCCUGUCUCUUCAUCGCUGCCAAAAUGGAGGAAAUUUACCCUCCCAAGGUGCACCAGUUUGCUUAUGUCACUGAUGGAGCCUGCACAGAGGAUGACAUUCUUAACAUGGAGAUUAUCAUCAUGAAGGAGUUAAAUUGGAGUUUAAGCCCUUUAACCUCAGUGGCUUGGCUCAACAUCUACAUGCAGAUGGCCUAUCUGAAGGAGAAUACUGAAGUUCUCAUGGCCCAGUACCCACAGGCAACAUUUGUACAGAUUGCAGAACUCUUGGAUCUGUGUAUACUGGAUGUAAAAAGUCUGGAGUUCUCCUACAGCCUUCUUGCAGCAUCUGCACUCUACCACUUCUCUUCUUUGGAAUUAGUAAUGAAAGUGUCAGGGCUAAAAUGGUGUGAUUUGGAGGAAUGUGUAAAAUGGAUGGUUCCUUUCGCCAUGUCAAUCCGUGAGGCGGGUAGCUCAGCCCUCAAGACAUUUAAAGGAAUAGCAUCAGAUGACAUGCACAAUAUCCAGACUCAUGUGCCUUACUUGGAAUGGCUGGGAAAGGUGCACUCCUAUCAGCUAGUGGACAUUGAGAGCAGUCAGAGGUCUCCAGUUCCAUCUGGAGUGCUCACUCCACCACCCAGCAGUGAGAAGCCUGAGAGCACAGUCUCCUGACUUCCUUUCAUGUAUGGAAUAGGACACAGCCCUGACCUGAUGAAUUCAAGUGAAACGCAACAAAAUGAUGGCAUUAUAGGACAAACCCAAGCAUUGAUUCAUAUCAAUUCCCGAAGGACUCGAAACAAAAACUGUUAUGUUUGUUUUCAUGUGAGACUUGUUAAUUUUUUUUUAAUGGCCCAGAGUUUAUUUAAAAACAUUUUUUUAUGAAUGUAGACUACCUGCCAAAAUCUCAGAGCUGCUACUAGCUCUGAUUGCUGCUAAAAGAGGGUGGGACUGGAGCAGAUGGAAAGAUGACCACAGAUCCCCACAAAUAUGGGCAUGGGUUUCUGGGGCUCAGGUUGCCAUUUGGACCAGCAAAAUCCUGACAGGUUGUCAUGGGGACUCAAUCUCCUGCCAGAAAGGACCAGAGAAAUCACCAGCUUCAGAAGCUAGGACUUGGAUUUUUAUUUAAGAUUUUUAUCUGGUUGUGUCCCUGAGUGCAUUUUUAACCAAAUUUGAUCAUUGCCCUUUUUAUAGAUUGAUUUUAAAUGAGACGCUGCUACAUUUAUAUCAUAUGUCUAAAUAAAGCCACUGUCUCAGACAGUUUUUUUUAAAGUUUA